GGCCCAACCCGAGCCCAUCAAGCGGUGCAAAUUUCCCAUCCCCAACCAGCCGCCGCCGCGCCGCCGCCGAGAAUAAUGGAGGGGAGAGAAGACGACAAGAAGGGCGGCGCCGCCGCCGGCAGCUCAGCGCCGGGGUCAAGAUUCAAGAACCUGGUGUCCAGGGAGUACUACAGCCACAAGAAGAAGGUGCACUCCGUAGCGUGGAACUGCAUAGGCACAAAGCUUGCCUCAGGCUCUAUUGAUCAUACUGCACGUGUCUGGAGUAUUGAUCCCCAUGGCCAUUCCAAGGUUAAAGACAUUGAGCUGAAAGGCCACACAGAUAGUGUAGAUCAAUUAUGCUGGGAUCCAAAGCAUCCUGAAACAGUUGCUACUGCAGCUGCUGACAAGACAAUUCGUCUUUGGGAUGCGCGGAGUGGAAAAUGCCAAGUUGUUGAACUUAGUGGAGAGAACAUCAACAUCACAUACAAACAUGAUGGCACUCACAUAGCUGUUGGAAAUAAGGUUUACAAUAACAGAAUAUGGGAGGAUGAGCUGACCAUAGUGGAUGUCCGGAAGCUAAAACCCAUUCACAGACAGAAGUUCCCUUACGAGAUUAAUGAGAUUUCGUGGAAUAAAACUGGAGAUAUGUUCUUCAUCACUACUGGACUUGGAUUUGUUGAGGUGGUUAAUUAUCCUUCCCUUGAUGUUGUCUGCAAACUAAAUGCUCACACCGCAGGAUGCUAUUGCAUAGCAAUGGAUCCCCUUGAUAGGUAUUUUGCUGUCGGAAGUGCAGAUUCACUUGUCAGUCUUUGGGAUGUCAAAGAGUUGCUAUGCAUUAAAACCUUCACAAAACUGGAGUGGCCUGUAAGAACAGUUAGCUUCAGUCACAGCGGAGAAUUUCUUGCAUAUGCCAGUGAAGAUCCUUUCAUUGACAUUGCCAACAUUCAGACUGGACGAUCAAUUCAUCAGAUUCCAUCUAAGGCAGCUAUGAACAGCGUUGAAUGGAACCCUAAAUACAACCUCCUGGCUUAUGCAGGAGACGACAAGAAUAAGUACCAGGCUGAUGAUGGUGUUUUCCGAAUAUUUGGUUUCGAAAGCACAUAAUCUGAUUCGGAGCAGAUUUAUCAUCAGCAAGUUCUCUUUAUAGAUGCAGCUAUCUAGCAUUCAAAUAUAUCUGCUUUGAAGGCUUGAUGAGGUGACCGUUCAAUGCUUAGCACCCUUGUUUGGCUUGAGGGAUAUAAUGGGUUGGUCUAUCAGGACAUUGUAGCACAUUAGGGCUAAGCUAGAACAAAAUUAGGGAUUAGGUCAUUGUACCAAAUUUACAAGAUUUUCAUGAUGGACCAACCUAUGAUUACUAAGGUGGUAAUUUUCAAACCAAACAUCCCAGGAAUGAGCAGUGUUGUAUUGUACCUUAUGUUACUCCUAGGGGACAUGUUUACCGCAUCUGAGAGAAUACUACAGCAAUGGAUUGUGGACAAGUAAAAUAGAUUGUUACAAAUUUUGUAUAAAAUGUUCUUACAGAA